UGAACAGUGCAGACCAGCACUUCACAUUUAUUUUCCCAUUGGGCACCUUAGUUUAGAUAAUCCAACAAGCGAAAACAAGUGAAACAUUUCAUUUCCUUAAACCCUCUGAACUUGGAACGUACGAAGCUUUUAUUGUGAAGGGUUUACCGGAUGUACGGCGCUCACUUUAAACUCCGCACGGAGGGAGGACUCCGGUUCCUCUGCACUCAUACAGCGGGCAGUUCGUAUGUAUUUUCUCCCUCAGGCGUCACAAAGCAGCGGUAUUUUGUUCACAGCAAAUAAAAUGUCGGAUUUCGAGGAGUUUGAGAAGCAGCUGAGUGAGAAUCGACAAGAGAGGGAAAGAGAGAGGCACAAAAAGCGGAGUCGCAGUGGAUCUCCGGGCCGCGGCGACAAGCAUCGCAGCUGGAGCAAAGACAGAGGGAGCCGCAGCCGAGAGAAGAGGAGCCGCAGCCGUGACCGGAAGAGCCGGGACCGCCGCAGCUCCUCCCGGGAGCACAAGAAACACAGCCAUUCACCGAGGCGAACAAGAAAGAAAAAGACUUGCAAAUACUGGGAUGUUCCUCCUCUAGGCUUUGAACACAUCACACCAAUGCAAUACAAAGCUAUGCAAGCGGCAGGUCAGAUUCCAACAAUAGCUCUGCUGGCAACAGCCACCACCACUGGAGUGGCUGCAGCGCCGACACAAGUGCCCAUAGUUGGCAGUCAGAUGACAAGACAAGCCCGACGCCUGUAUGUUGGAAAUAUCCCGUUUGGUGUAACAGAGGAGUCAAUGGCAGAGUUCUUCAACGCUCAGAUGCGUCUCGCAGGCCUCUCCCAAGCGCCGAGCAACCCGGUUCUGGCGGUCCAGAUCAAUCAGGAUAAAAACUUUGCUUUCCUAGAGUUCCGAUCUGUUGAUGAGACGACGCAGGCCAUGGCCUUUGACGGGAUCAUUUUCCAGGGUCAGUCGUUGAAGAUCAGACGGCCUCAUGAUUAUCGUCCCUUACCUGGAAUCUCAGAACAACCGGCUUUCCAUGUUCCAGGUGUCGUCUCCACAGUCGUUCCUGACUCACCUCAUAAACUAUUCAUCGGAGGCCUGCCUAAUUACCUUAAUGAUGACCAGGUGAAGGAGCUCCUGACGUCAUUUGGGCCACUUAAAGCCUUCAACCUGGUGAAAGACAGCGCCACAUCUCUUUCAAAAGGUUACGCCUUCUGUGAAUACGUUGACAUCAGCGCCACUGAUCAGGCUGUUUCUGGGCUCAACGGGAUGCAGCUGGGCGACAAAAAGCUCAUCGUCCAGAGGGCAAGUGUGGGAGCAAAAAAUGCUAAUCCUACCUCCAUCAUAGAGACCCCGGUGACACUCCAGGUGCCCGGGCUCCAGAGGCUGCAGAACUCCGGCAUGCCAACAGAAGUACUGUGCCUUCUCAACAUGGUGAUGCCGGAGGAGCUGGUGGACGACGAGGACUACGAGGAAAUCCUGGAGGACAUCCGGGAGGAGUGCUGCAAGUAUGGAAACGUCCGUUCCAUCGAGAUUCCCCGACCCGUGGACGGCGUGGAGGUCCCCGGCUGUGGAAAGAUCUUUGUGGAGUAUGUUUCUCCUGCAGACUGUCAGAAAGCCAUGCAGGCCCUCACCGGCCGCAAGUUUGCUAACAGAGUGGUGGUGACCAAAUACUAUGAUCCGGACAUGUAUCACAGACACGAGUUUUGAUUCAGCAGACAAGUCCUACAGCCAGUCCUUUUCUUUCCUCCUCUGAUGUUGUAAACGUGUCGUUUAGAGACCAGACCUGGAAAACUGUCACCAUUUCAUCAUCUUCACCAAAAAAAUAUUUUUUCCAGACAUUUUCCAUUCCAUCCAUCCAUCCAUUGUUCCUUCUACUUACACAUCCAUCUUUCUUUUUCUUCCUUCCUACUUUCCUUCCUUCCUUCCAUCCAUCCAGUCUCCGGUUUUUCCUGGUUCCAUAUGUAAAGCCUGACCACUCUAGAAAUAUCUGCCAUAAAGUUAUGGUGAGUUUUUGUAUUUUUAUUGUAAAUCUUGAUAAAAAGGACUGAGAAUUCUGGAAAUGUGAGUCUGGACAAGUACAGAAGUAUGACAGGUAAAUCCAUAAGAAUCCUGAGUAAAUGUUAUGUUUGCUGUGCAAUGAGUGACAUGUAUUUUACCUAAACUAAUACUGUCUCAGAUUAGCUGGCUUUUGAGAAUGAACCACAUAAGGAAAAAAAAAACAUGUCAGCUGUUUAGAUUUUCUUCCUGAGCACAAACAUUUAUUUCAUGUAGAUUUAAAAGUCCAUCAUGAAACGUGGCUACGAGAGAAAUGUGUUUUUAAGUUACUCAUUGUACAAAACUGAUUACUUGCUUCUGAAGCGCCUCAUUCUAUUGUUCCUUAAAACGUUUACUUUGCGGGUUUGCUGCUCAUUCAGGCCAAGCGUUGGUGACCUUUGUCUGAUUGUUAGUGCAACCUCAAAGAAAACUGUGUAAAUACAAAACAUGAAUUUGGAAAAUCAAAGCACUCAAUUCAAGCUGCUCCAGGUACCAGAAUGGAAACUUAAACCUUUUUUUUCUUGGCAAGUUAAGAUGGAAGACUGUCAGUCGCAUUUUCUACUGUUUCACUGAUUAGGAUCUAUAAAAGUAAAUACGUUUGGGUGCCGACCCUUAUGAUGAAGUGAUAUUGUCUAAUAUAUUUAUAUUUAUUUAAUUAUUGUUAUUUAAUACUAAUAAGCUAAUAGUAUUAUUUAUUUCUUUAAUACAGCUUAGGAAAAUAUGCAAGAUGUAUGUUUUCUUUUAUUAUUAAUGUACUUUAAUCUGCCUUUGAGUUCGUUGUUGAGUCUAAUGAGGAUCCAGGGGGUUCCUGUAGCAGCUGAAGAUCUUUCUACACAGAUUAAACAGAUCAAAGAUGGAUCCUGUUCAGACUCGGACCACAUUGAGAAACAAGUGGACACCUUUAAGCACGAGUGUUCACUCUGACCAUUAAAAUCAGACCCGAAUGAGUAGAUUUUAUUUACAUGCAAAUAAACACCAGGUCAUUUCAGACCAUCGGCAUUACAGAUCGUCUGCUUUUAGCUGCUUCCUAUGGGGGGCGCCACAGCAGAUCUUUGGCCUCCAUCUCACCCAGUUUGUAGCAUUCCUCCUCGGUCACGUCAACCUACUGGGAAUAUGUCCUCUAUCCCUGCUCAGCAGAUGUCCAAAACAUCAUUUUACUGAGUCAUUUAAAAACAGGUUAAAUACAUGUUGAGAAUAGCAGCUUUAGAGAUUUGUAGAUGAAUAAUUCACCGUUGAGCUUUUUACUCUUUACAUGCUGUUCUGCAAUCUCAAAUGACGUCUAUUUAAAGCAUUCAUUUAAAAUAUAAAAAAAAAAAAAUCAACCUUAAAAGUCCAGCUCAAAUAAAUUACACCUGAGGGAAUAUUGUCUCAUAAACCGAAGGAUUUCUGUUCCUGUGUAAAUCAUGUUUUAUUGUUAAAAUAUCAACCGGUAUGAAACAGCUGCUGUGUUUUAUGCGGGUUUUGGAUGACCAAAAAUGUAAAGGAAGAAAAAAAGUUUUUAGUUUAUAAAACUAAAAACUGCCACUGCCAUUUCCUCGAAUAAAUGCUUGUCUCCCUAAAUAUGGCUGCUUAUGUGGAUGUUUCUGUAGCUAUUGAACACAAAUAAGUCAGAUAUAUGACUCAGCUUUAUGCUUUUGCCAGUAAAUGUGUGCAGGAUGGCACAAACUGAUUACUGGAUCAUGCUUUCUUUUUUUAAUCCAUCCAUCUUUUGUUUAAGAGAUUGAGUGGGAUUGUGGAGACACUCCCCAUAUCUUCAUGUAGAAACUCAGAGCAUUCCCAGGUCAGAAGGGAUAUAAAGUCCUUCCAGCAGGUUCUGGGUCUGCUGUAGAGUCUUCCUCUAAUUGUAUGUGCAUGGAAAAUGUCCACAUGAAGGCAUCCAGGACUCAUCCUGCUCAGAUGAACCACUGGUGUGAGUUAGCAGCAAUUCUCUGAAGCAGAGCCCCGCCCACUCAAUGGAAGAAGCUCUUUUCAACUCCUUGUUUGUUCGUUUAUUCCUUCAGGAUGGAUAUUUUUUAGAACCAUGGGUGGGUGAUGGAACGUAGAUGGACCAGUAAAACCAGAGCUUUUUCUUUUCAGGUUAGAGAUAGACCUGAGCAAUUCCCUCAUUACUGCAAAUAUUGGUCCCCUGCUCCAUCCCAUCGCUCAUGAACAAUACAUCGAGAUACUUAAACUCCUCGAUUGAGGCAGAAACUCACUCCUGACCCGAAGGAAGCAUUCUGACUUUUAAUGUCAGCCAAGAUCCAGUCCUUAGACUUGAAGGAGCUUCUCCCUUUGCUUCAUUCUAAAAGCUUUGUUUGAAAUGUGUUCCUUUUUCCUUGACCCUCUCUGUCUUUGAUAAGUGACCGCUGCAGUAUUGUCAAUAAAAUGCUUAUUAGAUUCAUUCUCAA